CGAUGCAUGCAGUUGCACUGGUAGCACUGACAGGCUUACAGGGACCCUCUAGUCACACACUGACUCUCUACUGGUCACACCUUUUCCUUUAAGUGUUGGCUGAUACUCUCAACGCUGUCGCCAAUUUUGUGGGGAAAAACAUUUUUCAAACAUUUUGAGCCAUAAACCUGGAUUUUCUGUUUGAAGAGGACAAGGGAAGAUAAAGGCAACAGCCCAUUUUACCAGAACUGACGCGACAACAUAUUUCCGGGAUCCAAUAAAACAGGAUUCGCAGUCUCCAUCUGUUGUGUGUGGGAUAUUGCCUACGGAAGAUGCCAGCCGAUAUGAUGGAGAAAAACACCUCCUCGCCAGUUGCUGCAACUCCGGCAAGCAUGAACACGACUCCCGACAAACCCAAGACGGCUUCUGAACACAGAAAGUCGUCUAAGCCCAUCAUGGAAAAACGGAGAAGAGCGAGAAUCAACGAAAGCCUUGGCCAGUUGAAAACACUCAUAUUGGACGCGCUGAAAAAAGAUAGCUCCAGACACUCAAAGUUGGAAAAAGCGGACAUUCUUGAAAUGACAGUGAAGCAUCUCCGAAACCUCCAGAGAGUACAGAUGACUGCUGCCCUCAACACAGAUCCCUCCGUUCUGGGCAAAUACAGAGCUGGAUUCAGCGAGUGUAUGAAUGAAGUGACGCGGUUCCUGUCCACCUGCGAAGGGGUGAACACUGAAGUCAGGACUCGGCUCCUCGGUCAUUUGGCCAGCUGCAUGUCCCAAAUCAACGCCAUCAACUAUUCCACACAGCACCAGAUCCCGGCCGGCCCGCCUCAGCCUGCAUUCAACCAGCCCAUGGUCCAGAUUCCCGGAGGGUCUCCGCAACUGAACGGUGUACCUUGCAAGGGUGGUUCAGCCGUCGGUUUACAGUCAGAAGCUUCUAAAUUGUACGGCGGGUUCCAGAUUGUGCCUGCUUCGGACGGACAGUUCGCAUUCUUAAUUCCAAACGCUGCCUUCGCGACAAGUGGACCAGUUAUUCCCGUGUACGCCAAUAACGUCAGCACACCGAUUCCAGCGGCGGUCUCCCCUGGCGCGCCGUCGGUGACCGCAGACUCCGUAUGGAGACCGUGGUAAUGAGCGGCUCUGCUCUAGAGACUCUGAAACGAACACUUAUUUUUUAGCUUCUCCUAGAGCUCAAUGAGAUUAUCUUUUAAAAGUCUAUUUUUUGUAUUGAAUUGUAUGAAAGUGAAGACGACGCACUAUAUUUGUAUAUAUAAGGGGAAAGUUCAUAUUGAAAUGCGAUAUGUAUUGUACGUCUGUGUUUAAAUUGCAUUUUUAUAUUUGAGGUGUCUUUUUUUCUCAUGUGAUGCCAAAGAUAUGUUGAAUGCUCUUACAUAUUUCUUCCUUUUGGAAGGCAAAUAAAUUCUAAAAGAAA